CCACAAGUAGUAAAGCAGAUCUGUUUCAUCUGGGAUUCUGGAGUGGGAGGGAGGAGUUAUGGAGGAGAAGCUGAUAGGAAGGUUGGAAUCGGCGGUGGCGCGGCUCGAGGCGUUGUCCGCCGGGCUUCGUCCCGGAGUUGCGGCCGAUGGCGGCGGAGAUGUGGCGGUGCUGGAUCCGUCCAUCGUCGCCUUCGACGAUCUGAUGGCGCAGUACGUUGCUAGGGUUUCGGCUGCUGCGGAGAAGAUUGGGGGACAGGUGCUGGAUGUGACCAAGGUUAUCGCUGAGGCGUUCUCUACUCAGAAAGAGCUUCUUAUUAAGGUCAAGCAGACUCAGAAACCUGACAUGGCAGGGUUGGCUGAAUUUCUCAAGCCCCUAAAUGAAGUAAUCAUGAAAGCAAAUGUAAUGACAGAAGGAAGGCGAUCUGAUUUCUUUAACCACUUGAAAACUGCUGCUGACAGUCUCACAGCUCUAGCUUGGAUUGCAUAUACUGGCAAAGAUUGUGGCAUGAGCAUGCCUAUUGCACAUGUGGAAGAAAGUUGGCAAAUGGCUGAAUUCUACAACAACAAGAUUCUUGUACAGUACAGGAACAAAGACCCGAAUCAUGUGGAGUGGGCGAAAUCUCUUAAGGAGCUCUAUUUACCAGGUUUAAGGGAUUUUGUGAAGAGUCAUUAUCCUUUGGGUCCAGUUUGGAGUGCCACUGGAAAAACAACAGUUUCUACUCCAUCAAAAGCUCCUGUGCCUAGUGUGCCUGCUCCUCCUCCUCCACCAGCAUUGCUUUUUAGUUCAGAACCUCCUAAGGCUUCAUCAUCACAACCAAAGGAAGGAAUGGCUGCUGUUUUCCAAGAAAUUAAUGCAGGGAAGUCAGUUGCAGCUGGUUUAAGAAAGGUUACGAAUGACAUGAAAACCAAGAACCGUACGGACAGGACUGGCAUCGUUGGUGCUAGUGAAAAAGGAAGUCGUGUUAGUUCAUCAUCCUUCUCUAAAGCAGGACCUCCUAAGCUAGAGCUUCAAAUGGGUCGGAAGUGGAUAGUGGAGAAUCAAAUUGGGAGAAAAAAUUUAGUCAUUGAUGAUUGCGAUGCAAAGCAAUCAGUAUAUGUUUAUGGAUGCAAAGAUUCCGUUCUACAGAUCCAAGGUAAAGUUAACAACAUUACAGUGGAUAAAUGCACGAAGAUGGGGAUUGUAUUCACGGAUGUUGUUGCUGCUUGUGAGAUUGUAAAUUGCAAUGGUGUUGAGGUUCAAUGCCAGGGUUCAGCUCCAACGAUUUCAGUGGAUAAUACAGCAGGUUGCCAAUUAUAUCUAAGCAAAGAUUCUUUGGCAGCUUCUAUAACAACAGCAAAAUCCAGUGAAAUCAAUGUGCUGCUGCCUGGCACCGAGCCAGAUGGGGAUUGGGUGGAACAUGCAUUACCGCAGCAGUUUAUUCACGCAUACAAAGAUGGUCAGUUUGUAACAACACCAGUCUCCCAUUCUGGAGGAUAAUUGAAUGAUAACAACAUUUGACCUUCAGUUUGUGAUGGUGGGGAGGGAGGAUUUUUCUUAUUUAUGUUUAAUUGAUUCUUGGAGGGUUGAGGGGUUGUUUUUCUUUUUUCCUCUUUUUUUUUUUUUAAAAAAAAAAUUAAUUUUUAAUUGCGAUCUGUUUAAAAAUAUCGCGCAGCGCAGUCACAUCAUCCUCUCCUUGGUUCUGUGGGUUUUGGGGCUUCUUCUGUUUCAUCAUUUUGUUUGUGCGAACUGUUGUAUCAUUAUUCUACAAACUGAAACUACAAUGGCUUGUGUGAUUGUAUUUGGCUCAUUUUGUACGAAAUUA